CACUACACAACCCUCAAUAUUCUCACAAACAUUUAUUUACCAACCAAAAUAGAAAGAGUUAGCAGGGGCGAUCAAAGAACACACACAACAUUAAGACAGCAGCAAUGGCAAGUGGAAAAUUGAACAUGGUUGUUUUGAUGGCCAUUGCAGUAGCGGCUAUGCUACAGAGCUCGGCAGCACUGACUGAACAUGUUGUUGGCCAACAAAUAGGUUGGAUCGUACCCAGUGGUGCCAACGUCUACUCUGCUUGGGCUGCCAAUCAGACCUUCGUCGUCGGCGAUGUUCUCGUCUUUAACUUUAUAAAUGGAACGCACGACGUGGCUCGAGUGACAAAGGCAGCAUAUGAAUCAUGCAACACCACCAACACCACCACCCUCACAACCACCAGUCCGGCCAGAAUCAAUCUCAGCGCCGCCGGCGAAUACUUUUUCUUAUGCACCUUCCCCCAACAUUGCUCUUUGGGCCAAAAGCUCGCCAUCAACGUCACCGCCGCCGCAGCCUCUCCUUCCCCCACCCCCACCGCCUCCCCACCAUCUCCCACCCCCACCGCCUCCCCACCAUCUCCCACUGCCUCUCCUCCGUCUCCCACUGCCUCCCCACCAUCCCCCACAGCGUCCCCUCCGUCUCCCACCGCCUCCCCACCAUCACCCACCCCCACCGCCUCCCCACCAUCUCCCACUGCCUCUCCUCCGUCUCCCACUGCCUCCCCACCAUCACCCAGUACCCCCGCUACACCUCCUCCCACAACUGCCCCGCCGCCAUCAGGCUCCAUGUCUCCUCCACCUCCACCGCCGCCUAGCAGCUCGGCGCCAUCAUUCGCCGUGGCCCCCUUGCCAGUAACCUUGUUGUCCAUUGUGGCAGUUUUGUUAUAUUAGAUGGUGAUAUAGAAUUAAUUUUGUGUGAUUCAUUUUUAUGUAAUAUCAAAUAACUCUACACAUUUGAGUUCUUUUUAAUAUAUAGCAAUAAAGCAGAUUUUUAUAA